UUGUUAAAGGUGUCCCUCCUGUCCGUUCACGACAUUCCUUUUUUUAAUUCUCGCACCAGCACCACCCGCAGCGGCAUUCAUCACCUUUUCUCACCGAAACUGCUCGAUGUCUUUGACAAUCGUUGGCUAGAUCGGAUUAGAUCUCGCAACUGUCUCGUUUGAUCAUGUCGGUGUCGAGAAGCCUCAGCGAAGUAUCCGAGGGAGAGACUGUGGGAGUGAGCUUGGAUCUUGUUUCGGCGGUCAGGCGGAACAUUGGGUUCUUGAGGACCGUGGACGGGUCGCUUUGGCUUCACGACAGACCCGCCAUUGUUGAAGCCAUCCGGAGGUAUGAUGAGCUGUGGAUGCCGUUGGUUGCUGAAAUCUCAGUGGGUUCAACGCCUCCCAUAGUUCUUCCGCCUCUGGAUAUUGAAUGGGUUUGGUUUUGUCAUACACUGAACCCAGUGAACUAUGGGCAAUACUGUGAAUCAAGAUUCUCGAAACUCAUCGGUAAGCCGACCAUCUUUGAUGAAGAGAACGAAGAAUAUGCGUUGAAUAGAUGCAGAGAAAUCUGGAUGCGCAGAUACCCAUCUGAGCCUUUUGAGAAUGAAGCAAAUUCAGAGUCGCCCAUCACGCUUGUGAGAAAUGAAGAUCUUUUGAGUGAAGCGUUGAAGCAAAGGACCUUGUAUUCGAAGUUCUCGGAACCCUACAUGACUGAGAUUAUGUACCUGAUAGCGGCGAGACAAAGAUAUAAGGGGUUCUUGUAUAUCUUGCCAAGAGUAUCGGAUAAGUGCAGCCGCUUCGUGCCUACUUGCGAUAUUCUCAUCAUGUGGCUAACUCAUCAGAGCUAUCCAACAGUAUAUGCAGAAGACUUGAAAGAAAUGGAGUGCGAUGUCAGCAAGGUGGCAAGAGUGUGGGAAACUGUAGAGGAAGAAGAAGCGGAAGAAACCAAGAAGCUGUGGGAAAGAACCUUUGAUCAACCUUACGAGAAAGCAGGAGGUUGGAUCGCUUUGGACCGGGAAGGAGUACCCUCAUUUAAGCCACUGGUAUACUGGGAAGUGUCCGACACUGAUGUCAACACCAAAUACAAAUCCUUGAUGCCUAGAUUCCUGCUUGAGGUCUGCAUGUUUGCAAGGCUCGGUCCAAAGAUGAAGCCGACACAGAAGAAGAUGACACGUGAUUUUGUGCGUCUCCGUGCUGUACGAUGCCACAAAGAGCUUAAGAUCGAUAAGCCCCUAUCCAGCAUUUUGUAUGACUCUUGGCAAAUGGUUUGGCACCUCUACUGUGAGUUUGGAACCAGGGGUGUUAUUCUUGAAUUUCGUCAUUGCGGUGGUCGCUGUUCCAAAGGAAGUAAGCUAAAGAAUACUGAAGCGUUUCUUUGGAACGAUUUACUUAGGGCGCCGACUCUUACUUUAGGGAGAGAAGUUGAGCAAGGGGUUGGUAUUGUUUCUUCGAUAACUCCACCGGUUCAAGCACCCUAUCUGUUGAAGUGUGUGCCGGAUAGAGUCACUGAUGAUUCAGGAGCCAUGAUCUCCGAUGAAAUACUGAGGAUGAACCAUUAUCAUCCUCAACAAGGUCGAUGGUUGUCAAGGACUGUUCUCGACCAUGCAGGAAGAGAAUGUUUUGUCCUACGAAUAAGGGUGGGAGGUGGCUUCUGGAGAAGAGGUGGCGAAAAUCCAUCAAAUGUUAAGUGGGAAGACCGGAUUAUUGAGAUACGUGAAGGUUCUUGGUCGUAUGUCGCUGGUUCUAUCGGCAGAGCUCCUGAGAAAGUAGUGGGAACGGCUAUGCCAAAAGAGCCUCCAGAGCAGUGGGAUGCUGCAUGGCAGUUUUCCUCCGGAGAUGAACUGAUGCUGCGAUCGGAGUCAUCAACAUCAAGAUCGGGUCUCACAUUUUCUUUGAGAAAUCAAACGUCUUCUGAUUCAUCAGUGAAGUUGUUGAUAGGCCGGAGAAUGCAAUACAAAGUCAAAAAAGUCAACCCCAAGAGUGAUGCCGAAGAAACAGAGCUGGAAGAUAAAGGAGACGAAGGCCUGGACUUGGACGAAGAAGAACUUGACUUUGUAACGGUUGUUCGUAUCACAGAGGAGCACCCGACAGGAAGAGCAACUGCUCUGAUAAACUGGAAGCUAUUGGCGGUGGAGUUCAUACCCGAGGAGGAUGCGGUUUUCGUGCUUCUUCUUUGCAUUUCGAUUGUGCGGAGCUUGUCUGAAAUGAGAAAGGAAGACUUGGGAAAAUUGAUGAUUAGGAGGAGAGUGAAGGAAGCGAAGCCCGGAGCCCGGAACUGGGGAUCGGUAAUACUUCACCCCUCUCCUUCUUGUUCUACUCCUGUUUCGCCGUUCCUUCAGCCUUGGCAUUGGAAUGCCAAAGCGGUCCUGGCAUCUGAUGGGGCUGAUAGCUUAACGAGGCAACCGAGCUUUAUUAAUUCCGGGGUGGAAGGCGGUGAUGCAUUGUACAAAAGAGGGAUCAUGUCAUGAGUGAGCAUUCACGGGCGAGAGCAGGAAGGAGCGGAGAGAAAUAUGCAGAACUUGCACGGUUAGUGUUCACUGAUGCUUCACUUCAAUUCUGUACAGUAUGAUGUCUCAUGCUACACACGCAUCAUUCUUUGGUAAUAACUGAGGCAUAUUAUGGACAAAAUAAAGAAGAGAUCAGUUAGGUGCUCGUGAUCGUUUUGCUUGGGUUGAAUUAUCUUUCGCUCAUUUUUUGAUGGAAAGUAUCAUUUGGUGAA